CCGACCAUGGGACCCUGAGAGCCGGAGCACACACAGAUUCUGUCGGCACAAGUCUAUUAUCGGGAAAAUUGCUGAGGAUUCUGCGCUUGGAUUGCCGAGGAGUCCACAAUGAAGCACUUUAUGAAAGUGCUGGCUCCGUGCAUAUUUGAUGCAAACAACUAUAGACCAAGAGAAACAGUUCAAUAACUUACAGGAUGGUGGUUCAGGUGUGGUUGUACUUCUACUGCAUCUGUCUCUGGCGUUGUUUCAAGUUUAUUGUGAGGAAGCUGACCGGACGGUGUGAGCUGCAGAGAAUCUGCUACAAGAACAAACCCGGUGCUGGACGGACCCUAAAAUUAGAAUCUUCCUUAAAGUCAUCUAAAAGUAAGCUCCUGCAGUCAGCGGUCGGAGUGCUCCCUGACGCCAUUGAAAAAACCAUAGAAGAUAUCCUGACGCUGAAGAAAGUGAAUGUGGACACCAACCCGCAGUUGGCAGUGUCUCUCCAAGCUUGUCUUCUGCAGAUAGUCGGCUACAGAAAUCUAACCUUAGAGGUGGAGAAACUCCGCAGGGAGGCCUAUGAUUCAGAGAACUCCCAGCAUGAGGAGAUGCUUCUUAAGCUGUGGAAAAUGCUGAAACCUGGUGUUCCACUCGAAGCGCGGGUCUCUAAGCAGUGGUGUGAAAUUGGUUUCCAAGGUGAUGACCCAAAAACUGAUUUUAGAGGAAUGGGUCUCCUGGGACUGUACAACUUGGUAUACUUUGCAGAGAAAGAUACCAACUCUGCUCUUCAGAUACUUUCGGAUUCCCUUCAGCCAAAAUGCAGCAUUUUAAGGGAUGUCAGUAAAGAGGAUUUAAGUAAAAUCAGCAAAAUGGAAUGGGAAAUGAAAAAGUUUGACAAUGCCAUUGGAUAUUCAUUUGCCAUUGUUGGAAUUAACAUUACUGACCUGGCCUACAACCUGCUGAUAAGUGGGGCCCUCAAGACACAUCUGUACAAUGUGGCCCCAGAAGCUCCGUCCUUGCAUCACUUUCAGCAAACUUUCUGCUUUCUCAUGCAUGAGUUUCAUAAAUUUUGGAUUGAAGAGGAUCCUUUGGACAUAAUGGAGUUCAACCGUGUACGCAACAAGUUCCACAAGCGUAUCUUAAAGCAACUCCAGAAGACGGACAUGGCUUUGUGUCCCCAUUUCGCGGCCUCAGAAAGCUUGGUCAUCGUGUAGUCAUCUACAUUGUAGAAUUCCAGAUCACUGCCUCACUAUUGUGUUCAUUAUCAUGGCGGCCGUGCUGUAUGACCACAGCGAUUGUAUGCAUGCUUUUUUGGUAAAAGUACUCAUCUCUGUUUUGAUUAUAAAAUAUAAAUCCCCAGGCUUUUAGGCCCCAAGGGAUUUGCUCAUUUGAUGGUUGCGCAUAUUGCGGGUUACGCAGUGUUAUAUUUUCAUCUGACAUGAGAGUUUUCUAUUUUUUUAGAUGAUAUUUUUUUCUCAUAGGUAAGCAUUGAGGAGUUGUAUUUGUUACUUUAAGUUGAUGUCUGACCAAGCCAGCUCUUGUAUUCUAAGCAUUUUAUGAUCCCUAAUAUUUCUACUGAUCUGAUGCUAUGUUUACAUAAAGUCCUAACUAUAUAUACUGUAUAUACAUUACUUCACUAUUUUACAGUCUAAACACAAUGUUUAGAUGUGUCAGAAGAAGGUAACAAUUAUGCUAAUAUGAACAGUUUUGAGCAAAGUUGGAGCAAUUUUGAAGGGGCUAAAGAUUGGGGAAGUGAAACUUAAUGUGAAUGCCCUUUUUACCCCAACCCCCAAUGCUCUUUCACUUUAGUAUCCUCAUGAUUAAGACUCCAACUCCAUAAUUUAUGGUGGUCUUGGUGGCCAUUAUAAGGUGGUUCACAUUUCCAUGAAAAGUUGGUUGAAAGGUUUCUUUUGUGUUAGUAGAUUUGAGUAGGUGUUAUAUUCAAAAAGUUGUCAUAAUUCCUGCUUCUACUUUACUCCUUGGGUCCUUAAAAGGGUUGUCUGAUUUAGAGAACCGGUUUUCAAAUACUCUAUAAGUAUGUUCAAGAGGUCUCACCUCUCUCUCUCUCGGCAUGUCAUACAUUAUAGGAACAACCCAUUAAUUUAGGUGGGCACCAUAUAAUGUUUAAUUUCUCCUGUGGUGGUUCUGUUGAGUAACUGAUCACUUGCUUCCAGUUAAUCGCUGGGGGUCCAAGCAGCAGGACUCUAUUUGGCAAGGUUAUCUUCAGAGACCACUUCAUAAAAGAAGGCAUUAUCGAACAUGGACAACCUCUUUAGGCAAAUUAAGCACAUGUCAGUUUGAUAAUAUUACUGUAUGUUCUGCCCAAUGAUGACCCGCAUGACUAAUAAGGUGGGUCAUUGUCAGACAUGAUGAAGACUAUCCCAAUUGGGCUGAUUUUUUGGGUAUCUUUCAACCCCAGUAACAGGCCCCAGUGGGCCGGAGAUCGUCUGGUCAGCCAGCCAGAGGGGUAAUCUGUGAUGGCCAAAUCAGCAGGGUCUGGUUGUUCUUGCCAGUGUUAGAAAAUUGUUGUGUUCUAGAAUUCUUUUUAAAUUUAAACAAGCCUCCAUGCUAUAGAUAUUUCUAAUAGUUAUUGAUGGACACAAGAACAUACUUUUCUGUGAAAUAUGUAUUUUACUCCCAUAAGUGCUUGGAUAAAGACGAUUUUAAAAAAGUGUCCGUGAACUAGGAGAGAACCUACAGAACCCACUAGACCUCAUCUACAGAUACAUUGUAAAUUAACCAGCUUGCCCUGUAUUUGAAAUUACACUUUUGUUGGGAAAUGAGGAGUAUGUAUUACAAGCUGAAAGUAAAGGACCAAGAGUAGAUGGGACAUUUUAAACCCCCUACAUUGGGCACCAUUAUUAGUUUGUCCCUGCAGGAAAAUCCAAUCUAUAUUUUCCUGGACAGUUGCCUUCAGGCAAGACAUAUUUGGAUCCUAUAGACUUCACUUACCCAUACACAUUAGACACGUCAGCCGACCAAUAACAAACUGCUAUUGUCAGCCAUGUUUGAACUUUAUGGCUGUAAUGGGCAAUAUGGACUUAAAUGAAUAUGGUUGUGUCUGUGAAAAUAUGGUCAAACAGCUGUACCAUCCACCUUUAUCUGUUGUGUAAGGCAACCAAUAGGGAUCUAUGGUGUUGUACGCCCAUGGAGGUUUCCACGGUACUUCAGGAAUACAAACAGUUAACUAGGGCUCAAGUCCUGCAGGAACGCAUGGUAACCGAGUUCCUGCACUUUUUCCACAGAAGGAACACUUUUCCCAUUAGGAGUAGUUGUUCCAGUCCAGCUCUUGAGUGGAAAUCUUGGGUGAGUUCCCACACUUUUUUCCCAGGACUUGACUCCUGCAGUCAACCAUGUACAAUAAACCAGUGUGAAUAAGGCCUAAGUAAAAAAAAAUAAUUACUGGUCAAUAAGAUGGAGUUUCGUAUUCAAGGUGACCACCCCUGGAGACUAACAAUAAGUCAAUUUAUAAUUUGUAUUACCAAUAACUUCAGAGCAGUUUUAACCUUCUAAUAGAUUUAUGCCUACAAAGCGUUUCAGUAUUAAUCACACUAUAUUAUAUCUACGAUCUCUUGACCCUUUUUAUGGAUAAAUAAUCUAUUUUGUCGGUAUUCAAACUCUUUGUGAGUAAAUUUUGAUGUAAAGCAAUCUAUUUUACCAAGAAACUUUUUAACAGGCAUUCAGAACUUUGUAUAUUUGCGAAUUUCAAAAAAAUAUUUCUCCUAUUUUUUGGAGGCCGAGGAAUAUUCUCUUUGCAACAAUAAUGUUAUUUAAGUGAGUUUGUGUAGGGUCUAGGUAUUUUCCAACCAGGGUGCCUCCAGUUGUUGUAAAACUACAACUCACAGCAUGCCCAGACAGCCUUUGGCUGUCUGGGCUUGCUGCAAGUUGUAGUUUUGCAAUAGCUGAAGGCACCCGUGUUGGGAAACAGUGGUCUAAGCAAUAGGUUGGGAAACAAUGGUCUAAACAAUAGGUUGGGAAACAGUGGUCUAAGCAAUAGGUUGGGAAACAGUGGUCUAAGCAAUAGGUUGGGAAACAGUGGUCUAAGCAAUAGGUUGGGAAACAGUGGUCUAAGCAAUAGGUUGGGAAACAGUGGUUUAAGCAAUAGGUUGAGAAACAGUGGUCUAACCAAUAGAUCUUUAGUUACACAUGAAGACCUAUGUCUGGGGGUGCACUACUUUAAGUGGAUGAUCAGGUUAACAGUACAGUGGCCAAGAUUUACUCGAUGGAAACAGCCUCAGGACUGUCAGGGCAAGCAGGGGGCGGUAGUUUCGUAACAGCUGAAAAGCAACCGGUUGUAGACGACCAUUGUAUAAUAUGUCAUCAUACUUUUCAACAGUCACUAUUUGCCUUGAAAAUUCUGCAAAUGGAUGGAAAAAGUGGGUGUUUUGGAGGCAUUCUUAGUGGGACACGGCUCAAGUGUUCUAAUUGCCCAGAUUGAAAUGUUGGCAAAUAUGUAAAUGAUUAUAGGAGGGAAUAUGAUAUUAUUGAGGGUAAGCUGGUAUAAAAAUAUCAGGCUAGGCCUCUGGGUUACAUUCAGCAUGGUCUUCUAGAGCUCAGAUUUUACUUGUUAGAAACUAGCAAGAAGUCAAUGAGAAAUUUAAUUGGUUGCUGUGGGAGCCGUACUUUCGAGACCACCGUUAUAGAGGUUGGCUUAGGUUAGGUUCACAUUGCUGUUGUGCUCUGUCCCAUUCUGGGUUGGUUUGGUUCUUUUUUUUUUUUUGCCAGAUGGCCUCAAAACAAGUCCUGAUGGAUUCCAUUGAUUUGAAUAGGGUCUGUUGCGGAGAAAAAAUUCCUGUCAUUACGACGGACUUGCCAACGGAGCUCCCUUUAGCAGAGUCCGACGGCAUUGUGAGCCCAAGCUUAAAAGUUCGGAACAGAUAUUAGUUCCUGACUUUCGACUUUCCUUACCAUUUUAUGGGAUAAGCCUCACAAUCUAUUUCUUAAAGGAACACUACGGACAGAAGCAGUUGGCAACGGUCCUGAGAAAGGUGUGGGCCAACCAUGGAGAGGCAAAGUUGAGCAGGGUCUGGGCAUCCUUAGAUUUUUUUGGGCAGUCCCUUGCAUUGAGCUUGAGUGCCCCAAAAUUUUGUUAACAACAAGGUAUAGUUUGAGCGUAAGGCAAAAGUGCAUGACACAGAUAUGUGAAGACUACCAAAGAGAGAACGCCUGUGUCAUGCUCCACCCCUUAUAUUUACACUGAGGAAUUUACGUGAGUGAUUCCGCUCGCUUAUUCCGCUCAAAUGCUGCAUUAAAUGAAAGCUUCUUUGACUACAAGGAUCUUUCUGCAACUCUGUUCACACUUGGGAAAUUCCACAAGCAGAAUUCCAAUGCUGAAUUCUAUUCCAACUGAAGAUUGAACAUUAAAGUCAAAAUAAGUUUGGAGCAGAAUUUAAGCAAAAUUAUCCCAUAGAAUUUUUAAAGGAGAUUUGAGAGCCAGCCCAUUGGUGGUUGAAGUACUGAGCCUUCAGAUUUCCUCUUAGAAAUUCUGCCAAAUUCCGCACCAAUUCUGCUCCAAGCAGAAGAUUGUAGAUUUGAAGAAUUUCCUGACCGAAAUCAUUCCUCGUCAAUCCCUCACCAAUUCCCUAGUGUGAACAUACCCUUAGGCCCUGCACUGACCAUAACAAAUCAAUUUUAACUUUUUAUAUAUGAAUUCUGAAGCUAAAAAGGGGUGAGUAGAAAUAGGAAGUUUUUUGCCCAUUUACCUGCUUAAAGUAUUAAGCACCUCACAUACCAAAAAAAUGGUUGUCUUAUUUCUUUUAGGCCUCUGGUGUCAUUUUCCUUGGGGCCAGGACUACAGGGCUCUCAGUCUGUACUGUUGUGCAGGAUAAGGGUACGUUCAGACGAGCGUAUUUUCCGCGCGUAUUUCUCUGCGGUUCCACCGCUGAAGGACCUCUAUAUGCUGCCUUUACAUGUGCCUGCUUGGAGCGGCAAUACGCCGCUACGAGCAGACACACUGUGAUUUGUGAGUCGCCAUGCACAUGUGCAGUAUACUCGUACAUCGCGCCAGCUCUCGGUCUAGCUCAUUGAGCAGGGGGAGCGGCCGUCAUGUGUGCGAGUACGCCACGCACAUCGCUUCAGUGUGCCUGCUGGUAGUGGUGUAUUGCUGCUCCAAGCAGGCACAUGUAAGGGCACCAUACAGAGGUCCUUCAGCAGCGGAUCUGCAGCAUAAAAUACGCUGUCUGAACGUACCCUAAAUGUAAAAUAUUGGUGGAAUUGCUUUUUCAUCCUUUACAAAAAAGGGAUGUGUAAUGGAUAGACAUCAAUAGGAGAAGACGGCAACUAUACAAAGAAGCAUUUUCUAUAAUGUUACCUAGGUAAUUCCUGUUUACAACACAUUCAUCCCAGUGUAAUGAUGUGGCAGUGGCUGACAUAUGUACAGGUUUUUUCCCAUGACAUUGAGUGCUGGUUUCUGUUUUGCUCAUAUUCAAGUUUUUUUUUUACUGAAUGUUCCAUUGUUUUUGGAUAUGCUGUCACUCAACUGUGAUCUCAUUUACUAGAAUUCAUUUUUUUGAAUUUCAAGCUUCUAAUUGUGAAAUCACUUGAAUAAAUUUCAUGACAUUCCAAACAAAA